AAAACGUGGGCCGCACACCGCAUAAUGGCAGAUUAAAAUGGAAACGUUGCCCAUGUUCCCGCCAGUGACGGUGUAACGGUCGUGUCGUGCGGAUCGCGAAUCGUUUUUCUCCUUUUGCGAGUGCCCACAUUUCCCAGCGCAGCAUCCGUACGUGUUGAGUCUUCGGAGCUUUUCCUUCGCGCGCGUGCCCGUGUGUGUGUUUAUCUGAGUUCUGGGCUUAUUCUUGCAGGGUUACAGGAUACGGGGGUUCGCUCUGGAGCUCUGGUGUUCUUCCUGUAGGAUAUAAAAAGCGCAGCUACCGGGCGCAUAGGAUGCAGUCGUUUUUCGCAACCUAAGCCGGUCGGAUCGUGGGAUUCGGUUGUCACAUUUGGGAUCAUCCUGAUUUCAAGGGUAUCCCCGCUACAACGGGGUAAGGUGUGCAUUGCGUGCGACAUACACAGCCUGUGAAGGGUUACGGUGUGGCAACAGCGUAAGAAGCGCGUCCACAAGAAUAGGUAAACGAUCGAGGUGUGCUCUAGUGUGUGGCUGGGUUACAACGAUGUACGAGACCGUAAUACCCGGACCUUUCCGUGCGUUGUGAGUGCAAAGAAUGUGCGAAUCUUCAAUCUAAGCAAUUCGUGGGCCGCAUGCCCAACCUCCAGUCAUCUCGGUCGGUCGUCAUAUAUACGUGAGCCUCACCCACCCUUUUAGCGUAGAUCAACAAAUCUAAGCUCCCAGAGUUUUUUUUUCUCUAUUUGCCCUCUCUAAUGCUUCAGAACAGUGUGUAGUGUGUGCAGCAGCAGCAGCGUUAGAGGCAGAUCAGUUUGUGUGGGAAAAGCGGUUCGUGGAAAGUGACGAUCGUGCAGGCGUGCAAUCGCAAGAUCCGGUAGCUUCUGCGCACGCAAGUAGUGCACUUGAUUCUAGCCCGAACGGCAAACGAUCGUUCGGCGGCAACGGGGUUUGUUUGUGCAAACGGAAACGGAACGAGCGUGUGUUGACAGUUUGGGGCGCGUAACAACAAGUGGCUGAUUGAUUGCUGUCAAUAUGUCACCGUGCGGAAGAUGGCGCUAUUUAGCGUUAGUGUUGAUGCUAAUGGUCUUUGCUUCCAUAAUUCGCGCCGAGCAAGAAGUUAUAGUGGCAAUUGAUGAACCUGGCAAAACUCAAUAUCAUGAAGCGAACUUCAAUACAAGUUCAUAUCAGUACGGUUACGAGGUAGGACCGAACGGUCAAUUUCACCAUGAAACGCGCGGACCUGACGGUGUCACUUACGGUUGUUAUGGGUAUAUCGAUCCCAACGGACAGUUGCGUGUGACACACUACGUGGCGGAUACACACGGCUACCGGGUGGUGGAACCUAAUCGACCAGUCGAAAUAUUCGUCGAUGCUCCCACACAGUACAGCAAUUCAAUAUCGGAAGAUGAACCACCGCCGGAAAGACGGCGGGGUGAGAUGCGCCCAUGGUCGGAGUUGUAUCUUCCCAAGGGUUGUGGCAUGUUUCCGGGAGGAAUGCGUCCGGAUGGAACAGGUGGUAAUACACCGACGGCACCAACAAAUCCAAGCACCGGUGGAAGCGGCAACUCACAAGGAAAUAAACCACCCAACCAGGGUCAAGGACAGGGGCAAGGGCAAGGGCAAGGACAAAAGCCGGGACAAAAUCAAAAUCAAGGACAGGGGCAAGGGCAAGGACAAGGGCAAGGACAAAAACCGGGACAAAAUCAAAAUCAAGGACAGGGGCAAACACAGGGACAGGGGCAAGGGCAAGGACAAGGGCAAGGACAAGGUCAAGGCCAAGGCCAAGGACAAAAACCGGGACAAAAUCAAAAUCAAGGACAGGGGCAAACACAGGGACAGGGACAAGGCCAAGGACAAGGGCAGGGCCAAUGGCAAGGUCAGGGACAAGGACAGGGUCAAGGCCAGGGUCAAGGACAGGGACAAGGACAGGGUCAAGGACAAAAACCGGGACAGGGGCAAACACAGGGACAGGGACAAGGGCAAGGACAAGGACAGGGCCAAUGGCAAGGUCAGGGACAAGGACAGGGUCAAGGCCAGGGACAAGGACAGGGUCAAGGCCAGGGUCAAGGACAGGGACAAGGACAGGGACAAGGACAGGGCCAAUGGCAAGGUCAGGGACAAGGACAGGGUCAAGGCCAGGGUCAAGGACAGGGUCAAGGACAGGGACAAGGACAGGGUCAAGGACAAAAACCGGGACAGGGGCAAACACAGGGACAGGGACAAGGGCAAGGACAAGGACAGGGCCAAUGGCAAGGUCAGGGACAAGGACAGGGACAAGGUCAACAAUCAGGACAAAAUCAAGGACAAAGUCAGUGGCAGGGGCAAGGUCAGGGACAAGGACAAAAUCAAGGACAAUGGCAGGGUCAGGGACAAGGUCAGAAUCAAGGUCAAGGUCAAGGACAAGGUCAGUGGCAGGGACAAGGGCAAGGUCAAGGAUCUGGUCCUGGACAAGGACAAGGACAAACUCAGGGUCAAUGGCAAGGACAGGGACAACGCCCAGGACAAUCUCAAGGCCAAGGACAAGUACAAGGGCAAGGGCAGGGGCAAGGACAGGGACAACGCCCAGGACAAUCUCAAGGUCAAGGGCAAAUACAAGGUCAAGGCCAGGGUGAACGUCCUGGACAAAAUCAAGGGCAAGUUCAAGGACAAGGCCAAGGUCAGUGGCAAGGACAAGGGCAAGGGCAACGUCCAGGCCAAGGUCAGGGACAACAACAGGGUCAAAGCCAAGGACAACAAGGACAAGGUCAAGGUCAACAUCAAGGACAACAUCAAGGACAACAUCAAGGACAACAUCAAGGCUCACAUCAAGGACCCAUAAGCUCUGGGCAACAUCAGGGCCAACAUCAAGGAAGUCAUCAAGGUUCAAGUGGUGAACACCAAGGACAACAUCAGGGAUCACAUCAAGGUCCAAUCAGUUCUGGACAACAUCAGGGACAGCAUCAAGGCAGUCAUCAAGGCUCUAGUGGAACGCACCAAGGACAACAUCAAGGUUCGCACCAAGGCCCCGUCAGUUCUGGACAACAUCAAGGACAACAUCAGGGUAACCAUCAAGGCCUUCAUGGUGGGGAACAUCAAGGUCAGCAUCAAGGGUCACAUCAGGGUCCGAUCAGUUCUGGUCAGCAUCAGGGACAACAUCAAGGAACCCAUCAAGGCUCUAGUGGGGAGCAUCAGGGACAACAUCAAGGAUCCCAUCAAGGGCCUAUUAGCUCCGGACAGCACCAGGGACAACAUCAGGGAAGUCACCAAGGAAUACACAGCGGUCAACAUCAGGGAGAGCAUCAACAUCAGCACCAGGGUCCAGUUGUUGACAAUCAGCAUCAAACCAGCCAUCAAGGAAGUCAUCAAGGGUUAUCGCAAGGAGAGUUCCAGGGACAACACCAAGGCCAGCACCAGAAACCGAUCAGUGGUAACAAGGAAGAGCACAACCUACAGGUGCAAGUGUCUUGGGGACAAGGACAGCAAGGUCAGCCCCAAGGACAGCAGGGGCAAACUCAAGGCCAGUCUCAAGGACAGCAAGGCCAGUCCCAAGGACAAUCUCAGAGUCAGUCGCAAGGGCAGCAAGGACAGUCUCAGAGUCAGUCGCAAGGACAGCAAGGCCAAUCACAGGGUCAAUCUCAGGGACAGGGACAACGUCCACCACAAGGAGGACCAACUACCGACCGUCCUCCAGAACAGCUGCAGCCUACCUCGAGUACGCCCGUUCCGGGAUCACCGGGUACUGCAAUUGGAGUGUAUCCACCGACGAAACCGAUCGACACCAGCUCGCCACCUGCCUCAUCAUCGUCAUCCUCUUCAUCACCACCGCCUUCGUCAACAUCAUCUCCACCAACGUCUUCCGGUGGUGACAACUAUGCGCCACCUCCGAACUAUCAGAUAGCCGUGUCACAGUAUCCUUACUUCUUCGUUCCUUAUCCUUACCCACCACCAAAUGUGCCCCAAGCACCCUGCAACUGUCCGGCGGACCAGCAAAACCAACAGGGUCAACAGCAACCGGCCGGUUACUUGGGUUUCAUACCGGUGCUCUAUAUCCCGAACUGUCACGCCCAGAAGAGUGGUUUGCCGGCGAACUUUAACUGGCCGGCACCGCCUCCACCGGAAGGAUUCGGUCAGUCACUUGACGAGCUACCGGCUCAGAGGUUGUUCCAAAAGCCUGACGGAAGCUGGGUGCUGCAGCGUGCUCGUAAUCGUUCGCGUAGACUUCGCGGCCGGCGUCCAGCCGUACGGCGACUUUACACCGACCAGGAGAUUCCUGGAAAGAAGUAGAAACCGCGAUAAACGAAAGCAUAGCGAGACGCCGAGCUAAAGGGAAGCAGUAUACAUGAAAAAAAUACUCAUUUAAUAUUUAGUUUCAUCUGGUUUAGCAUAUUUUAAUCACUUCACAAAGACAGGAUGGUGGCUAGAAGAAGCAGAGACCUAUCGAGACCAACGUAAUGGACGUGACUGUUAUUGAACUGUAGUAGGGAUCGUUAGUAAAGCCAGCAGUGAAGAUAUUUAUGGAACAGUUUUCUUUUAAGAAUGCAUUCAUUUUCCUCUUGCCACUGUGAUUAGAUUUAUUCAUCAAACGACUAAGAAAGCGUACACAUGAAAUCAUUAUUAAACAACAAAGUCGGAUAUUUAUAAGAAAACCAAGCUAACCGCAUGAAAUCUUGCCUUCCUGCGUUGCAUUGGGUGAAAUGGACCGUUGCGUGACACAAAAAGGGAAACGCUAAAAGCAGCAGUUGGAAUUUGGUGUAAAACCGCAUAGUAAAAUCGCAUUCCUCAUGAUUGCAGCUGAUUGUAACUUAUUUAAGUAGCAAGAGAUGAUAUCAAGCACAAGUAAAUAAAAUUGAUUCGAUGCAAUAUUGAA